CCGUCGAAGGUCAUCAAAAAAUAAUCCAUUCACAUUUCUCUCUCUCUCUUUUCCGAAUUUCCACUUCAAUAAACUAAACAGAGAUGUAGCUAGUUGGUUUUACGUGAUAACCAGUGAAAUCCUACCAAGUGAACACCGACCGAUUGGUUUAUUCAGUUUCAGGUUUCAAUCGUUAAAUCGGAUGUUUUCGCGUACGCCUCCAAAAUAUACACGGUAAUGUCCACUAAUUUCUCGUAAAAUCGCUAAAAAUAAACGUUAUACGGGUCUGAUAGUUUACUACUGAUAAUAAUAGAUCCAGCCAGACAAAAUGGCAGAUGCAGGCUUUCCAAGUCAGCACACCACAACGGUAAAAUCUUCAAGCACCACCGUCGAUACAACCAUCAGGUUUGACUCUGCGUACAUUAAAACAAUACCGGGAUAUCUUAAAAUCGCACAAAUCGCUCUGAACUUGCUUGGGUUCAUAUGUAUAGAAGCCAGCGGAACAUUUUCUUAUCAUUCCAGAGGAUCAUGGUUCAAUUUUGUGUCUAUGACUGGGUUUUGGAUCACCGGAAUCCUGCUCGCGUUCUAUUUGUUCCAUAUCGUUGAGAGAUUUUAUAAAAUACCUUGGCUCAAGUUUGAAUUUGGAUAUUGCGCUCUAUGGGUGUUCCUCUACUUAAUAGCAGCUUGUUUGGCAGUUACUUAUCAAGUAGAAGCUUAUAUUGCUGCAGGGUUCUUUGGAUUUUGUGCGAUGGUGGUUUACGGAAUCGACGCCUUUUUCAAAUUCAAAGCGGUCAAGUCUGGCCAAUUGGCCCAAGGCGAGAGGGUAAUUAACAAACAAACUACCACCACGGUCACCACCCCAUCGGCAUACCCUUAAAUUUAUCACAGAGGUUUAUUUAUUAAUUUGCACUGAAUUUAUUAAGUUUGAUCUUGUAUAUUGAGUUUCUGAGAAGCAGGAAUACUUAGCUCAAGUAAGUAAACAUUAUAUUGUGUUAAUUUAUAAAGAAGAAACUCUUAUGAUUGUUACCAAGUAUUGUUGAUUACGAUGUAUAUUAUAUAUUAUUAUUAAGUUUUUUACAUAUGCAACGAUCCACGUGCCUCAAUCGGAAUUAACUCAUUAAUUAAUGAUCUGAUAAUGUUUUUUUUUUUUAAUAUUUUAUUAUGCAGGAUCACCAGGGAUGUACUUUUAGGGUCCACAAUAUACUUAUCACAAUUUGGCUUUGGAGUUCUAUUUUUAAAAUAGAUUUAAGUUAAAUAAGCAUUUUUUUUUUGUAAAGCAACUAGUCAUAUACUGAUAAGUACUUUUAGUUUAUUUCCUGUAAGGUCAAUAUUGAAAUAUUUUUAUAUUAUGCAAAAGAAAAUAAUUUGUUAUUAUACACGUACACUUUUUAAAAAAAUAUAUAUAUAUUAUGUAGAUUUAAGGACUAAAAAAAGUUCUUUUCAUAUAUCCUUAGGUGUGACUUAUUGCAACUAUGGAACAAUACUAUAACUACUUACCUAUAUGCAAUAAAAUUUGCCUUUCACGUUAAAUAUAAUACAAUUUAAAUCGAUGUUAGAUUGUGAGUGUAAUAUAUAAAAAUAUUUAAAAGCA